AUGGAUGACAAAGUGAAGCAACAUUAUCUGGCUGACUCGCCUCCCUCGGUAGUCCGCUUAGAAAUUAAGACACAUUUCGAUAAUCUAAAGGAUGCAAAGCUGCGUAAAUAUGCGCAUUAUAUGAGCCGCGCCGCUUUUGCAGGAACUCGAAUCACACUUCGGCAGGUUUCUCCAGAGUCAGAACCCAUCUAUGACCUCAUCGUUGAACUCCAUCGGACCUGCAAUGGAGACUGGAAUGAUCUUGCUCGGAGAUCGAAUGUCAGCGAUGAGCAUCUUCGCUACUUCCUGGAAUAUGCCGCGCAGUUUCUCGGCAACUGUGGCAACUAUAAGGGCUUUGGCGACUCUAAGUUUAUCCCCCGUUUGCCCGUUGAGGCCUUUCAAGCUUUAGCUUCUGCCUCCCCCAAGACAAAGGAGGCCUUCAGUCGGGCCAACAGCACAGGAGGUGGCAUCUAUGAGACAGAUGUACAAUCGCGUAUGCACUUGGGUUACGUAGAGGGAAAUCAUAUGACUACGUAUUAUCCUGAUUCGCCGUCAAUCACCAAAGAAGAAAUCACAGCCGUCGGUGACUUUUUGGAGCAGAAAGGGUUGCCGUUGGAGAAUACGCGACUGAAGAAAACUGAGACUGGGGACUUCGAACUUCUAAUCGCUUCCGGUGUUUCCUCACCCCCGGCACGGGACCGAGAUUUGGGCUAUGUCGAUAGCUUCGAUCUCGAUGGCAAGUUGAAGGGCCACAAGCUUCGCCUCGUCUUUGGCGAUCAUCGAGAGGAGAUGGCCAAGGUCGCGCACAGUAUCAAGCAGGCUUCUCUGCAUGCUGCCAACGACAAUCAGAAGCGGAUGCUGGAUGCCUACGCUCUCUCAUUUGGUUCUGGCUCCAUCGAGGCAUUCAAGGAAAGCCAGCGGAUCUGGGUAAAGGACCAGAAGCCAGUAUUGGAGACCAAUCUGGGUUUCGUCGAAACCUACAGGGACCCUCAUGGGGUGAGAGGAGAAUGGGAAGGAUUCGUUGCUCUGGUCAAUUUGGAGAGAACCCGCGCUUUCGGUAAGCUGGUUGACAGUGCUGAGACCAUGAUUCCUAAAUUACCGUGGAGUAAAGAGUUUGAGAAGGAUAAAUUUCUCAGCCCCGACUUCACGUCUCUUGAGGUGUUGAGCUUCCAAUGCUCUGGCCUCCCCGCUGGAAUCAAUCUUCCCAAUUAUGAUGACAUUCGGCAAACCCUUGGAUUCAAGAACGUUUCCCUUGGAAAUGUUCUCAGUGCUAAAGCACCCAACGAGCCCAUCCCAUUCAUACCCGAUAGAUACCUCAAAGUGUACAGCGAAAACCGUGAUGCUGCGUUUGAGGUUCAGGUUGGCAUUCAUGAGCUGCUUGGUCAUGGGACUGGAAAGCUACUGCAAGAGACGUCUCCUGGAGAAUAUAAUUUCGACAUUUCCAGCCCUCCUGUAAGUCCCGUGACUAACAAGCCUGUCACAACGUGGUACAAACCUGGCCAAACCUGGGGCUCCGUGUUCGGGGCUGUCUCUUCGUCUUAUGAGGAGUGUCGUGCAGAAUGCGUUGCAAUGGUGCUUAGUUGCGACUUUGAGAUUCUCAAGCUCUUUGGGUUUGGCGACGGCCAGGUGGACCUUACGAACGAUGCUGGUGAUGUUCUCUUCGCGGGUUACUUGUCGAUGGCUCGCGCCGGUUUGGUUGCGCUCGAAUUUUGGGAUCCCAAGACCCAGAAGUGGGGACAGGCUCACAUGCAGGCCCGCUACAGUAUCUUACGAACCUUCCUCGACGCUGGUGACGAUUUCGUCAAGCUUUCCUACAGCAAACCGGAUCUUUCAGAUCUAGAGAUUCACCUGGAUCGGUCGAAGAUUCUGUCACAUGGCCGGCCGGCUGUGGAGAAAUACCUGCAGAAGUUGCAUGUGUAUAAGAGCACUGCGGACUUCGACUCAGGCAAGAAGCUUUAUGAUGAGAUCACCUCCGUCGAUGCGUGGUGGGGUAAGGAAGUCCGCGAGGUGGUGCUGAAGAAUAAGGUUCCUCGCAAGAUCUUCGUCCAGGCGAACACCAUCCUCAACGGAGACGAGGUGACGCUCAAAGAGUACGAACCUACCCUCGAGGGUAUUAUCCAGAGUUACGUCGAGCGCGACGUUUAG